CAUCAGACACAGUGCCACAUCAGACACAGUGCCACGUCAGCAGUGCCACGUCAGCAGCAUGAUGGGCCUGCCAGGCCAACUGGCCAAUGAGCCCAUUGCCGACUACAAAAAGCGCUUCCAGGCUCAGCUCGUUGCAAUCGAGGCUGAGGAACAACGCCAGCUGGCAGUCAAGGCUGUCCAGCUACAGGCUGAAGAAGCGGCAACAGUAGAGAAGCUGCGGCUACAGGCCGAAGCAGACGCAGAUGCCCAGGCUCACCGCAAGGAAGCCCAGGAUCUGCUGCAGCGGCAUGAAGCAGCCAGCAUCGGCAGACUCAAGUUUUGGCACUUUGAACCGAACGGCGACGAGGCAACACCGGAAGAGCAGCAUAGGGAGUUCCUCUCCAAACUCGUGACACGGUUGUUGUGUGCUUGCAACUACCAACGGUCCGAGUUGGAGAAGCAGUACCAGAACCUGACGCAACAGCAUCAGGAGUUGGCGAAGCUCCGCCGCAUAGUGCAGAGCCACGAGGACGCAACUCGGGCACUCAAUGCCCGAAUGCUGGACCUGGAGAAGGCUGUACCAGGACCAGAUGCUGGGGCUUCCAGCAGUGCAUCCUCUAGCCGCCAACUAGAGGAACGCGUUGACCACGUAGUGGAAAUGCUCGACGACAUCAGCACCUUCGCUGCGCCGACCACCAUCAACAGUCAGCUGCAUACCUUGAAGACCGAGGUCCAGCAGUUGCAGUCGACGAACGCGGAUGACAAUCCGAAGAUGUACAAGAUGCCAACUUUCCAACUGGACAAGUUCGCGACUACACGCAGCAGGAUCCGGUCCUCUGGUGGAAAACAUUCACAGCGCAACUCAGGAUUCUGCCCCCACCUGGCAACCUCCCACGGCGUCGACGUACCAGACUUGAAGGACCAAAUCACAUGGGAGGAACUGACACGGCUGUGGAAGAAGCGGUUCAUCGUCGACGACGCGCCGGCACUCGCCAUCAACCGUCUGUUCACCAUGUCACAGGGCAACACUGCAACACGGGAUUGGCUCACGGAGUGGCAGAAGAUUGCGGCGGUGCCCAAUCUGGAAUUGGCAUUCACGCAUCUACGCCGCGAGUUCUACAACAGGUCCUGUACGGCAUUGAGCCAGACUCUUGGUGAUCGCGAGCAGUACUUCACUUUCGCCGAGAUUAUCGAAAAGGCGAGAGAGAUCAUCAAGACCAACAGGUCAGCUGCACACGAGAAAUCAACAUGGCAGUCGACCUAUGUGGAGAAGGUACCAACUGGUCCGCGACAGCAGCACUUUGCUGCAGUGCAGUCGGACAGUGGAGAUAACCAGCAGCGACUCCAGCAUCAAGUGACGGAGAUCAGGUGGCUGUUGUCCAGCCGCGAAGCAACAACAAUGUACUUUGCCCCUCACGCAAGUGAGGCGGUGUCCUUUGACAUUCUGGACACCAAAUUUGACAUGAUCUUGGGCAUGUCAUGGCUGCGAAGCGAGGAUCAUCCGAUGAACUUCUUCCACCACACCGUUCACAUUCGUGAUCGGAACGGAGUAUUAGUUCCAUGCAUGGUACCUCUUCCUCAUCCUUCGAUCAGUUGCCAUUUGGUAUCCGCCGCAAGCACGCGAGCUUCCAUCAUCAGAGACGACAUCGAGGAGAUGGGGGUGUGUUUUCUCCACGCCCUCCCGCCCCAUGACGCUUCAUCGACGGACUCACCUUCGGGUCCACGCAUCAUCGAGCUUCUCGACGCCUACAGCGACGUGUUCGAAGGCCCUUACGGAGUAGUACCGGAUCGACCCAUCCGCCACGAGAUCAUCCUCGAGGACGGGGCCGUACCUCCCUGCGGUUGCAUCUACCGAAUGAGCGAGGAAGAGUUAAGUGUGCUUCGCGCACAUCUCGACGACCUUCUAGAGAAAGGCUGGAUUCGCCCUAGCUCAUCGCCAUACGGUGCUCCUGUUCUCUUCGUUCGGAAGAAGAACAAGGAGCUGUGGUUGUGCAUCGAUUAUCGCAAGCUCAACGCGCAGACAAUCAGGAACGUUGGCCCUCUCCCACGCAUCGACGACCUUCUCGAGCGACUGGGCGGCGCCAAGUUUUUCUCCAAGCUGGACCUCAAGUCAGGAUAUCACCAACUCGAGAUUCGCAAGGAGGACCGUUACAAGACCGCGUUUAAGACGCGAUAUAGGCAUUUCGAAUGGCUGGUUAUGCCAUUUGGCCUUAUGAAUGCCCCGGCCACUUUCCAAGCGGCUAUGACAACGGAGUUCCGACACAUGCUGGAUCGUUUCGUACUUAUCUACCUCGACGACAUUCUGGUCUACAGCCGGAGUUUGGAGGAGCAUGUGGAACACCUGCGCACCGUUUUGGAGCGGCUACGACAAGCCAAGUACAAAGCCAACCGCGACAAGUGCGAAUUCGCGCGGCAGGAGCUGGAGUACUUGGGCCAUUAUGUGACGCCGCAAGGCAUCCGUCCACUUGCGGACAAGAUCGAGGCCCUACGAGUAUGGCCCGAACCCACCAACACCACGGACGUUCGUUCAUUCAUGGGAUUGGCGGGCUACUAUCAGCGAUUUAUCACCGGAUACUCAAGGAUUGCUGCACCUAUGACGAGGUUACAGUCGCCAAAGGUGCCAUUCGUAUUCGAUAACGACGCACGCCGGUCAUUCCAAGCACUUAAGACGACUAUGCUCAUGGCACCCGUCCUUAGCAUCUACGACCCCACCCUGCCUACGAGAGUGACUACGGAUGCUUCCGGCUACGACAUUGGGGCAGUCUUGGAACAACACGACGGCGACGACUGGCACCCUGUGGAGUAUUUCAGCCACAAAGUGCCUCCCAUCAACUCGCUUGAUGAUGCAAGGAAGAAGGAGCUACUCGCGUUCGUCAUGGCUCUCAAGCGAUGGCGGCACUUCCUCCUUGGGCGUCGUAGGUCCACAUGGGUUACGGACAACAAUCCAUUGACCUACUACAAGACGCACGAUACGGUGAGCAGCAUGAUCGGACGAUGGAUGUACUUCAUCGACCAGUUUGACUUCACACCGACACAUCUACCCGGCCUCUCAAAUCGCGCAGCAGAUGCACUCUCGCGAAGACCAGAUCUUUGCGCUAUGACACAUCAUGCCUUCGCAUUCGACGAGGAGCUUCAGCGACACUUCAUCCGGGCAUAUGAGUCUGAUCCGGACUUCACCACGCUGUACGCACAACUAUCUUCGGAUCAACCGCCGGCCAGCCACUAUCGCAUCGCCGACGGAUACUUGCUCCUCCACUCGAGAGGCAAGGACUUAUUGUGUGUCCCACGCGACCGUCGUCUUCGGACUCGCCUCCUCGGCGAGUAUCAUGAUUCACGACUCGCCGGCCAUUUCGGAGUCAACCGCACUAUUGCACGGGUUCGACAACGAUUCCGAUGGCCCGACCUCAUUACCGAUGUCACUCGGUAUUGCGACUCGUGCAAAGUUUGCCGAUGCAGCAAACCCCACAACCGCAAUCCCUAUGGCGAGUUACACCCGAUGCCUAUCCCACGGGAACCCGGUCUCUCCAUUGCCCUGGACGUCACCGGUCCGUUUCCUCGCGACCGGCUCGGGCACGACGGCAUCCUCACGGUUGUGGACUGAUUGAGAGUCCGACACAACAAUGAAGCCAAGUUCGGCUC